AUGGCGGCCAAGAUUCUGCUGUCUCUCAUCCUCCUAUUCUCUCUCCUCCCUCGCUUCACUGCUCUCCCCGAAAAGUCCGUCCCCGACGCCGCAGCGAUGCUCUCUAAUUCCGGCUUCCUCGCCAUGGGGCUCACCCUCGAAUUCGGCUUCCAAAGCCUUAUAUCUGACACCGUUUCUCUCACCAUCUUUGCUCCGCCCGACGCUGUUUUUUCCAAAUCAGGUCAGCCCCCACUCGCUCUGUUCCAACUCCACCUCUCCCCGCUUUAUCUCUCUCACGAAACCCUCAAGUCCCUCCCCCGCGGCACCAGGAUUCCCACUCUCUCAUGGAACCACUCUAUCUUCGUCACCUCUUCGCCGUCCGAUGAUCACGUCUCCCUCAACGGCGUCAAGCUGGAAGGAUAUCCCUUGUACGGUGAUGGUUCCUUGAUCGUCUUCAAGAUUGAGGAGUUUUUUAAUCCUAAUAUGAACUCAAGCUCAUUUUACAAUACUCCAUGCACGGAGUUGAGGAACGGUUCUAGUUUAGUAGGUUCCUCACAGGACCAUUCUUUUAUGGGAGCUUCUCAGGCUUUGCAAUUGAAAGGGUUCUCUAUCAUGGCCUCGUUUCUUGCCAUGCAGGUGGGAAGGGUUGAGGAUCAAGCUCCAUUAACUGUAUUUGCACCUAUUGAUGAUGCAUUUAAAGAUGAUACUGCUCGUCAUUGUUUUGAGCAUCAUUCUCUGUUUCUGAAACUUGUUGUGCCUUGCAAGUUUAUGUGGAGCGAUCUUGUUACUUUCAAGGACGGAGUCUUCCUAUUCCCCACGUAUAUGGAAGGGUUUAAGAUCAAUUUCACCAAAUCUGGACGCAAUUUGAAGAUCAAUGGAAAUCCCAUCAUUGCUCGAGACAUACAUUCAAGCGACUGGCUCGUCGUUCAUGGGUUAGGGACGAAUGAAGCAGAAAGAUCUACAUCCGGGUUGGGAGUCCACAAUCAGACUGGGAGAUUUGCGUUUGCAUUUUUCGCUCUCUGGGUGAUCUUAAUCUCCGUACCUUUUUCAGGUUAG